UACACAAAUCACACAUAUAAAAAUAACCAAUUUCAUAAGAAUAUAUAAUUGAAUAAAUAAUACUUUUAACCAGCUAAACAAUGGUGGAUUAUAGUAAAUGGAAAGAUAUUGAAAUUUCAGACGAUGAAGAUGAUACUCAUCCAAACAUUGAUACACCAUCGUUAUUUAGAUGGCGUCAUCAAGCAAGACUUGAAAGAAUGGAAGAACGGAAACGUGAACAAGAAGAACAUGAAAGGAAAAAAUCAGAAACAUUAAGAAAGUUGAAGGAAACAGAAGAAAAACUUGCAAAAUUGAACAGUGAACAAAGUGAUUCAACAGAUUUAACUUUAUUAAAACAAGUUUUGCAAGACCUGGAACAGGAAGAAAAAAGAAUUAAAGAAAAAGAAGAGGAAAUGAAGAAGAAAGAGAAAUUAACACCUUGGAAUGUUGAUACUAUUGGUCAAGAUGGUUUUACAAAAACAAUGAUUAAUAAAAGGCCAGUACGUAAGGGAGAUGACAAUGGUUUAUCUGAUGAAGAAAAGGAAAAGAAAAUGAAAGUGUUUGUAAAAGAAAAUGAAAAGAAAUUAAAAGAAUUUGGUAUGCUAAGAAGGUAUGAUGAUAGUAAAAAAUAUUUGGCAGAUAAUCCUCAAUUAGUAUGUGAAAAUACUGCAAAUUAUUUAGUUAUUUGGUGUAUUAACUUAGAAAUAGAAGAAAAACAUGAAUUAAUGGAACAUGUUGCUCAUCAAUGCAUAUCUAUGCAAUGUAUUCUUGAAUUAUCAAAACAAUUGGAUGUUGAUCCAAGAGCUUGUGUGAGUUCAUUCUUUAGUCGUAUUCAAAAUACUGAAGUAGAAUAUAGAAGUUCUUUCGAAGAUGAAUUAAGGGCAUUUAAAGAUAGAAUACGUAAGAGAGCUGCCGAAAAAGUAGCGGAUGCUCUGAAAGAAGCUGAAGAAGAAGAGAAGAAAGCACGUUGUGGUCCCGGCGGACUUGAUCCAGUUGAAGUAUUUGAAAGUCUUCCAAAGCCUCUACAAAAAUGUUUUGAAACACAAGAUCAUGCUUUAUUGCAACAAACAUUAGCAGUGAUGCCACAAAAUGAAGCUGUAUAUCAUAUGAAACGUUGUAUUGAUAGCGGUCUUUGGUUACCAGAUACAGAAGCUAAAAAAUUGCUAGACAAAGAAGAUGAAACGCCCAAUUCUACAUAACGCAUAUCUGUAAAUUACAUGUGUUGACUUUCAUGACUC